CUGGGCGGGGCUGAGCACAGGCACUUAAGGCAAGGGGAGGCCACAUACUUCCUGAGUCGCCCACAAACUAGAGCACAACUCUAGUGUCUCUCGGCUUGCACAGAUCAACCAUGUCUGGGGCAUCUUCCAAGAGCCUGGGGAAAGGAAGCUCGCCUCCGGGUCCGGUGCAGGAGGGCCUGAUUCGCGUCUACAGCAUGAGGUUCUGCCCCUUUGCUCAGAGGGCUCUGAUGGUCCUGAAGGCCAAGGGAAUCAGGCAUGAAAUCAUCAAUAUCAACCUGAAAAACAAGCCCGAGUGGUUCCUCAAGAAGAACCCGGCUGGGCUGGUGCCAGUUCUGGAGGACAGUAAGGGUCGCCUGAUCUCCGAGUCUGUCAUCAUCUGUGAGUACCUGGAUGAGGCGUACCCAGGGAAGAAGUUGUUCCCAGAUGACCCUUACGAGAAAGCUUGCCAGAAGAUGAUCUUAGAGUCAUUCUCCAAGGUGCCACCUUUGGUUGCAAGUUUUUUUAAGGGUAAGAAGGAAGACCACCAUGACAUAAGGGAAGAACUCAGGAAGGAGCUCCGCAAGCUGGAGGAGGCUAUGACUAAGUAUAAGAAAGACUUCUCUGUUGGGGAUGCUGUCUCUAUGGCUGAUUAUCUUAUGUGGCCUUGGUUUCAAUGGCUGGAAGCACUGGAACUCAAUGAGUGUUUAGCCCACACCCCAAAACUUAAGGGCUGGAUGGCUGCCAUGCAGAAAGACCCUACAGUAUUGUCCCACUUAAUUGAUGCCAAGACCUAUCAUGGAUUCUUCAAUCUCUACCUACAGGACAGCCCUGAGACCUGUGACUAUGGGCUCUGAAGUGCAGACCUCCCCAGUGAAUAACAAGCCUUCAUUUUAUCCAGUAUUUUCACUCAUUUCUCACUGAUGACACCCCAUGGCUUAAUUGUGUUUCCUUCAGGCCUCUCUACUGCAGUAUUUCUAUUUCAGAAUCAUCAAUCUAGUGGUCCUAAGAAUCUUCACUGAAAUCCGGCAGAUGGUCAUCUUUAGUUUGAUCCAAACUUCACCUAGAUCUCCUGAUUUCAAGAAAAUGCCAAGUUUUUGAUGUCUUAGUUAUAAAUUAAAUACUGGGAAUUCCCCCAUUCUUUCCA